AUGACAGAUUACCAGAAAUCAGGUCUUUACAAAUGGGUUGGUGAUGCAGAUACUUUUGACAAAGAUGGUCCAUACACUGAGUUGUACGCUCCAAUAUCAUCUGCUUCGAAUUAUGAUCUUACUCUUUUCACUGUCUCGAAAAGCACUGGUCACGCUGGAAUGCGCAUAGGGUGGGCUCUUGUGAAAGACCUCGAGGUAGCAAAGAAAAUGACUAAAUUCAUUGAGCUAAAUACAAUUGGCAUCUCAAAGGAUUCUCAACUCAGAGCUUCUAAGUUUAGAGAUAGGCUAUCAUGUGUUGGACAUCAUCCAAAGAAUAUUAUUCUUUUGGCAUGUGAUGCUUUUGGUGUGCUACCACCUGUGAGUAAACUGAACCUGGCGCAGGCCAUGUACCAUUUCAUUAGUGGAUAUACCGCUCUGGUGGCUGGAACUGAGGAUGGCAUAAAGGAGCCACAAACAAAAUUUUCACCUUGUUUUGGUGCAUCAUUUAUAAUGUUUCACCCUCCAGAAUAUGUUGCAAAUUGCUUGUGUUUUUUGUUCUCUACAACCUUGAGGACAAGGUUGGUCUUGAAGGGGUGA